AUGCAAGCGAGAUAUUGGCACAUAAUAGACUAAUAAAUGCUUCAAGGAAGUAUACUUGUGAGGAGUGCGACUAGCGUUUCAAGAAGAAACAUCAUCUUAAAAACCAUUGUACUGCCAAGCAUCAAGAGGACAAAGCUGAGAGGUACUUUUGCAGUAAAUGUGAUAAAAGCUUUAACAGCAAACUAUAAUUAAAGAUUCAUGCGGUGCAGCAUGAGUCGAAAUUCUGAUGCAAAAUAUGACCUCUUCACAUCUUAAGGAUCAUAUGAGAAGCUUGCAUCAGAAACUUUGAAGCUUCAAAUCUACUGCAUAAUGAGAUAUAAAGAAAAGAGAGCAUGCAAUAAGCACGAGCGCAAUCAUGAGAACUAGAAUAACUCAAUAGCGAAUUCCACCUAUGUGAACUGGGCUUUGGAAUUCAAAAAGAAAUUUGAUUCUAAUAACUAAUGA